CUUGCAGACGCUAUGUCAGACGCUAUGUAGACGCUAUGUGCACAAGACGUGAUCUGUGCGAUGUGCUCAACGAUUUAAUCGCAUCGAUGCCAGAAGCAAAGAUGCCAGCAGCCGCGCCGCCUCGUGCAAGGCGCUAAUCGACCGGCACAAGUCCUCGUGCGCACAAUUUCUGCUGCAGCUCGAAGUGCAUGCGCUAAUCUCUACCGCAAACGGCAUAACAUUCUCGUGCAUGCGACCCGCAGUGACGGCCUGCGCCGCGCUCGCCACGGCCGCGGCGCUGUGGAGCUGGCUCCGGCGUAGAAGGCGCCGCGAACUGGCGCGGCGCUACGCCUACGAACUGCUGGGAGACCCGCGCGUGCGCCGGUCGCUCGACCCGUACCCUUCCUCAACAACUGUGGCGGCGCUGUCGGCGCUGACAGGCGUGGCUACUGCAAAAAUCCGCAAAUUCUCGGCCGGCGCGCGCGACGGCGCCUGCGCGAGGCCCUGGCACGCCGACGGCGCGCCGCGGGCUGGCGGCCGCACGAAACGGAAGGCGUCGCACUACUACUUUGUGCUGCACAAGCCGCUGGGCGUGGUGACGCAGCGCGACGACGCGUCGACGAAGACCUACGUGCCACGGCCCGGCCGCAACGACAAGCGGUGGCGGCCGUGGCGCCGGCAGUAUGUGCCGACGGUCUACGACGGCCUUCCAGAUGGCUUCCCGCCCGUGCCGUCGGUGGGGCGCCUCGAUAAAGAGACGAGCGGCCUUUUGCUGUUCACGGACGACGGCGCGCUCACGACGCGGCUCCUGCGGCCCGGAAGCGGGUGCGAAAAGACGUACGUGCUUGACGUGACGGGUGUGGUCAGCGACGCCGCCCUCGCGUCAUUGUCCGAGCCGCUCGACGACGUCACGAAGCACACGCGCGAGAAGGUCAGGACGGCGCCGGCGCGCGUGAAGGUCGUGAGCCGAAGCGAUGAAGGAGCGCGCGUCGAAGUCGUCAUUUCCGAAGGCCGUCACCACCAGGUCCGGCGCCUGGCCGCGCGCGCCGGGUUUGCGGUGGAGGCGCUCCACCGGAAGGCGAUGGGACCAUUGCGCCUCGACGACCUCCCCGUCGGCGCGGCGCGGCCCCUGACCCCCGACGAGGUCCAGACCCUACUAUCAAAUUGCGGCCUGGAGAAGAAGCGCGGGCCUCCUCGGCCGCUCCCCGUCGCCGCGGCGCCGGAGCUCACGCGCGCCGCGGUCGAGGCGGCGAUCGAUGAUCUUGUGAGGAGGCAUCCUUGAUAAGUUUUGUUGUAGUACUAUUUAACGAAACCCCUUGCACCCUUUAUACGCCGACCUCUCGGAAGUCCGUCCCGGCGCCGGGCCGCGAAGGCGCCGGCGGCGACCGGUCCGGGUCGCGGUCCUGGUGGAGCGGGUUCUCCGGCCUGUGUGGAAAUCAACCAGUGAGAAAUAUUGCGGUGGACCUUUGUGAGCCUCCACGCCAUCGAGCCGACGCGGCCACUGGGACAACGUCGCGUCGAUGGCGUGGAAUCGCCACGCCUUUCCACUCCGGCGCGGGCUCGUGGUCGUCGAGCUCGUCCGACAGGUCGAGGCGGCCGUAGCGCUGCUCGGCGAUCUCGACGCGGUCGGAGCCGCCCGCGGCGCGCUUGACCUUGUUCU